AUGAGCUACCCAGACACCAUCACCAGAGACACAAAUCUCAAUCUAAACGAGACUCAACAAGUCAUGAGGGAUAAAGCAACCUGGCACCAUUUCAUCAAAGCUGCUCCAAGGAUGAAGGAUGAUGAUGAGUAUAUUUUCAACUCCGAUCUAACUGUUCCUUGGCUACAGGCAGUUCGACACAUCCUUAUUUUGGCAGCGGGUGAUUUGUUGGCUCUUGUUGUUGUUAUUUUCCACAUCACUGAGUUUUUCCCACCGACUUGGCCCGUUCUCUGGGCCUUUGACUGGCAGUGUUCAGUCCAUCGGUUCUUCCGGUUUGUUGGGUUCAACAACACGGUCCUGACCAUGACGGCCAUCGCAGUGGACCGGUUUUACGCCGUGAAACACCCGGUGACGUUCCGGACCCGAAUCACGGCAAAGCGGACUAAAGUGGUCGUGGGUGCUCUAUGGGUUGUCUCAAACCUUGCUGCAGUACCAACUGCAUUUAUGUUCCAGAGUAAAUAUGGUGGUGUUGGCAAAGCUGUGACAUAUCCAGGAAAGAUUAAUUUCGCCUGCAAACUUGUGACACCUUUCGGCUCGUGGUUCAAAGACUUCAAAUCAAUUUAUUUGAACAUCGUCUUGUUCUACCUUCCGGUGAUUGUGACAGCCGCCCUCUACGUCCUGAUCGUGCUACACGUGUGGAAGAACAACAAGUUUAUCCGUUCCCGAUUGGGUCGUGUCCCGCAUAGGAACUCACACUGGAAAACCGCCAAGACGCUCCUGACGGUUUUCCUCGUGUACGUGUCCUGUUACAUUCUCCUGAUCACGUACAAUCUCUUGGCAAGAUACGCUCCCAAAGUUCUCCCGCCGGAUGUGAAAAAUGUAGGUCUUUUACUGCCGUACGUCAACAGUUGUAUGAAUCCAAUAGUAUAUUCCUUCACUAACCCCAGUUUUCGCGAUGCAUGCAGGACUAUCCUCCACUGCAAGUCAUCGGAGCCUCUGACAUUGACAAUGGCAGAGACACCAGUGAAGGAGACCGAAGGGAAUAGCUCUGACGACCCAGUGAAAUACAUCAAUGGCGGCUUACCACACGUACCACCGCCAGCAGUUGCUGUAAUUCAAACAGACUUUACCUUGUGCGAGAAAACAGGGGAUGAAAGAAAAGAGUUCGGUUUAUCCCCGCAUGCGCUUUCCUUCAUCUAA